GAAAUGACAGAAGCUUGUAUGAUCGCCCUUGUUUCCUUAGCAAUUUGCAUAUCAUCCUCGUUCAAUUUUGCCUAUGCGACAGAUGCAGCUGCGCCUGGCGCAGCUGAAUCAAACAAGUUCAAAGUCGUAGGUCACGUAUACUGUGACACUUGUCGUGUUGAAUUUGAGACCAAGAUCAGCCAACCCAUAAGUGGAGCGGUAGUGAAGCUGGAAUGCAGGAACCGUACCGAUGGAGCCGUCACCUUUCAGAGCCCGGAAAUAACGACGACACAAUCGGGAGACUACAGAAUCCAUGUGGAAGGAGAUUACGAGGAUUCAGACUGCCACGUCACAUUGGUGAAGAGUUCUAGGCCGGAUUGUAGUGAUCUGACGGAAGACUGGAGAAAAGCCAGGGUUGUUCUCACCUCGCUUGCCGGUGUCAGCGGCGACAUUCGGUUUGCGAACAAUCUUGGGUUCAAGAAGAAGGAAGCUGUCCCUGAGUGUAAGAAAGUUCUUACGGAGUUGGGAUAUUAUGAGCUUCAGGAUGAACUUGGACACGAAGUAGUCCCCUGAACACAACACUGAGGGGAAACUAUAUUAUGAAUUUUCACUA